AUGAUCACUGAGGGUGUUCCUAGUUCCUACUUGGUCCAGCCUGGAUUUUUGAUUGUCUUUCAGUUUGUCAUUGUAAUCAUAUUAACAAAUAUAGCCUUAAUAGUCUACGUAUUGUACACUCUUUCUAAAAAAAAUCAAUCAGCCAAAAGCUUCAAGAUUGCCAUCAUCUUGCUCAAUAUGAUUGCAGUGCUUUUACAAAUUGCAUGUGCUUUCUCUACAUACUCUUAUAGUCUUGAAGUUUGUUACCUCUGCAACAUAUACGAGAUUUCAUUGGCAUUAUGUCUGGGGGGAAUGUGCUUACUGCAACUGGAGGUUCGGUUCAUUUUCGAUAUUCUGUUUUCUAAUAGUCAUACAGCUACAUGGUCCGAUUUUCAAAAAAUAAAACUAAGAGCAAUAGUCAUCUCACUGCAUCUGCUGCUGUGCUGGCCAGAGUAUCUUCACAGAGUGCUCACAAUCAAGGACUCUUGGUACAUCACUUGGUGGAUUGGUGGCUUGGGUAUUCAAUCUGUUAUUCUUGCCUGCUUGAGCGUAUUCCAGGCCUAUAGCGUCAUUAAUGCGCUUCUCAAGACAACUAGAAGACGAUCGAGCAAAUACGUGCGCAUAGCGCACCGUCUUUUAAUGACUGCGAUCAUAUUGGUCAUUGUAUUGUCAUUUGCUUCAUGGGCAGCGUCUAUAGGAGCCGGCAUUUUAUUACGCAAACCAGAUAUAGAGCUUAAUCGAUUGGGAACGCUUGGCGACCAGCUUUCUGUCAGUGGCGUGGCUUUUGAAGUUCUUUUUGAAUCAAUUGCCUUGCUAGUUAUGAUUGAUCUAGUAAGCCGCGAAAGAAUGUCGGACAGUAGCAGCACUACUAUGACUGAACAGUCAAGGUCCAUACAGUCACACUCUAGCAGUGGUGCACACAGUGAAACCGUACUGAUCACAGUGCUUGAAAAAGAAGACCGUGCACCACAUGCAUCUGCUGCUCGGGCUGAUAGAUCCAAACCCAGUAUAUUUGGCAACAGUGUAAAUACUAGUUUUAUACGAAAACUAGAUGCACGAUUAAACGAUUUAACUCGGGGAUCCACCUCCUCCCUUGAUUCCAGAUAG